AUGAGUAAUUCAUUAGAAGAGAGGUUAAAAACCCAUUCAACAGCAUUUGAUGGCUUAUUAUCGUUAAUACCUGCUAAAUACUACUAUGAUGAUGCCACACAAGACCAAUGGCAACAAAAGAAAAAGUCGAAGCAAGAAAUGCAGCAGAAUAAAAGAGCCAAAUUAGAUCCUAAUUCCAGAGAGGACGCAGAUGAUUAUACCAAUUCGCAUGCCAGUGCCAAAGAUGUGAUGGAUAAUAAGUCUAAAACAGCCAAGAAGGUAACCUUACCUUCGAGAGAUAAGCUCCCAAAACCAAUAGUUGAUGAUGACAGCGACGAAGUUGAAAUUCCAGACAUGGAUGUAGAUGAUGAUGACGAAGAAGAUAGCAUUGAUUCAAAUGACCAAAAGGAAGAAACAGACGAAAAAGAAGAAGAAUCGGACUCUUUAAUACAAGAUAGUACUCAACUAGUGUUCGAUGAUGACGGAAAUGAAGUUUCUACGAAUGGAUCUGGUAAUGUCGAAACAACUAGCACCAAGCAAAAUAAGAAGAGCAACAAAAAGGAAUUAUCCCCUGAAGAGCAAAAGAAAAAGAAGGAGAACUUAGCCAAGUUGAGAGAAAAGUUGUCAGCCAAAAUCAGCGUUUUAAAAGAUAAAAGAAAGGCACCUGGAUCCAAGACAGGGGUAGCAAAAUCAAGAGACCAAAUCUUAGAGGAACGUAAGAGAAAGGAUGAAUUAAGAAGACAGGAGAAAUUAAAGAGAAAGCUUGCGGCGUUAGAUGAAGAUGAAGAUGACGAAGAUGCAUCAGACUCUGAUUCUGAUGACGACGACGAAACCAAACAAGAUAAAGCGGUAUUAUACGGAAAUAUAACGUUUAAUGAUGGUUCCAGACUUACAUCUGACUUGAGCAAGAUUCGUUCCACUGCGGAAAAGAGAAAGCUCAAAGGCCCGGCUAAUAACGAUAUCAAGGCUCAUCUAUUAAAAUUAGAGCAGAAAAAGCAUAAAUUAUCCCAGUUAUCUCCAGAAGAACAAGCAAAACAGAAAGAAAAGGACCAGUGGCAAAGAGUCAUUUCUCAAGCCGAAGGGGUCAAGAUCAAAGAUGACGAAAAACUUUUGAAAAAAGCCCUCAAAAGGAAGGAAAAACAAAAAUUGAAGAGUGAAAUCGAAUGGAAAGAAAGAAAGCAAAUAGUCAAGGACACCGUCUCAGCAAGACUGAAGAGAAGAGAAGAGAAUUUGAAGGCAAGAAAGGAGAAUAAAGGUAAAAAGGGUAAGCAACAACCAAAAUUGCGUAAAUUCACCGGUACUGUUAAUAAAUUCGCCAACAGCAAGAAAAAAAGAGCCGGCUUUGAAGGCAAUGCCAAGUCCAACGGAAAAGGCAAGAAAUAA